AUGCAAUGGGAGCCACGCACGCGCGCACAGCACGCAUUCUCGUUCUCCUCCACACCCGCGCCUCCGAACGCCGCGAAAACGCUCAAGCAACCCGAUAUGCCGCUGCCGCCGAUGUCCUCGUCGCCAUCCGCUGCGGGAGUCGUAAGAGGCACCGCAUCAUCGGCCAACGCACCAGAGCCGUCCUUCGCGUCCUUUGUGCUAGAGCGUGUCUCGCGCAACCUGUUUCUGAUCGGUGAGACGCCCCGCUCUCUCCGCCCUCCACCAUCGCCGCCGGCUGCAACGGAGGAUGCACCGUCGAUGCCCAGCGCGCUAGACGCAGCACAGCGCACGGUGAUCGCGCAGGCCAGCGCCUCUGGCACAGCAGCGACGUCAAGUCCGGCGUCUGCGCUGGCGGUGACCGCGGUGCUGCAGCGGGCCCUUGUCGACGCGCCUCUGCUCCCAGUGGGCGGCUGUCAUCUUCUGCACGAGCACGUCUGGGCUCACCUUCUCGCGAGUGCAGAGGCGGCGAAGCAGGUGGGCUGCUACCGCAAGGCGCUGCAGCUGUACAAGGCGCGACAAGCACAAUCCCGUACGGGCUUGAACGCGCCACUAGAGGAGCAGCAACGGCAGCAGCCGCAGACGCCCCGCACGAAGGCGACGGCGUCAACCUGUGAUGUAGCGCUGAGCCAUACCACGCGAGGUGCUGCCGUUGACCUGUUUGCCGCCUCCCCGCUUGCGUCUUCUCCGACCGAUAACCAGCAGCGAAGCUAUCAAAGCGGCGCGGAUCUGCUCCAGACGCCAGAAGAGCUGAGUCUGGCCUUGACUGAAGAUGCCCUGCAGGCGAACAUGGAGCAGGCGCUCACGCGACUGGCGGGGUCUCGUGAAGAGCUGCAGCGGGGAUUGGCAAGGCUGCGUCGGCUCUUGGACGGCCUGCGCGCGUACGACGCGGUGCCGUUCGAGGAGCUGGCACGACAGGAACAGGAAACGAUACGUCGCCUCUUCACGCCUGUAGCGGCAGCGGCAGCGGCAGUGGCGGCGGCGGAUGGCAGUGCGCGUAGCAACACCGACAGGAGUAGCAGCGGCACUGUUCUCGCGAUGGGCGCCGCUUCCAGCGUGGAGCGGGGUGCGCCGGCAGUGCUCGGUGAAGCAAGCACGGUGGCGGAUCGAAAGCGGGGACGUGAGGCGUAG